AUAAAUUCUUAUUAUUUUUUUUAUAUUUAGUUUUUAAUCUAUUUUUAUUAAUAUACAUAUAAUUUUUUUUUAAAAAAAGAGUUAGUCUAAAGGUAGUUUAUCAAAUAUUUUACAAAACCAAAUUAAAUAAUGGCAAAAUAAUAUAACAAUAAUAUAACAAUAAAAUGUUUAAUAAUUAUAACAGUUAAAUUAUAUCCAUAUAUAAUAUCAGUUAUUUUUUUAUAUAUUAUAAUAUAGUUAUAUAGUUAUACAUAUUCCCAAUUAUAUUUUAAAAAAAAAAAAUAAAAACUUUCAAAAUAACUUACAAAAAAUUUUAUUCUCCCAAAAAAAAUAAAAAUAAUUAUUAUAAUAAUAAUAAACAUCAAAUAAUAAAAUCAGGCUUUUUUAUUUAUAAAAAAUCAAUCAUCAAAACAUGUCAUCCCGUCGUGUUAUUGUCAAUUCAGCCAGUUCCGGUUCAUUAAAUGACAGAUUCACCCAAAUGAAAAAAGUUGGUUUAAGUCCACAAAAGAGAGGUGGUGGUCGUGGUGGUGGUAGCAGCGGUAACACUACCGUAACCAUUAACAGCGGUGGUCGUAGCAGCGGUGGCCAAGUCUCACACCGUGGUGGUCGUGGCGGUUUCUCAAGAGGUGGCGGUCGUGGUGGUUUCUCCAGAGGCGGCGGUCGUGGUGGUUCUGCUAGAGGCGGUGCUCGUGGUGGUCUUUCAAGAGGUGGUCGUGGCGGUAGUCGUGGUGGUCGUGGUGGUAAAUUCAAGAGAGAAAAAACCCCAACCAAAGAAGAAUUAGACGAAGAAUUAGAUAAAAUCUCAAAAGAUAACCAAAUGAAAGAUUAAAUUUUUGUACCGCUAUUUCAUAUCCUUUUUAAUCUAUAUACCACCCACUUUUUAAAAAUAAUAUUUAUUUAAUAUUAUUAAAUGUAC